AUGACCAAAGAUAUUAAAGAGCUAGCAAGGGAAUGGUUGGAGUUGGAUCAAGACGAGUCGACAUCAGACGAGAUUUACAGACUUCUGCAACAUGGAGAUACAGCUGAACUGGAAAGGCGACUACGGAAUCGCAUUGCUUUUGGAACCGCUGGACUCAGAGGGCCUAUGCAAGCUGGCUUUGCGUGUAUGAACUCGCUGACAGUCAUACAAGCAUCUCAAGGACUGGCAGCCUACCUUCUGAAGACCGAGCACGAUGUCAAGGCAAGAGGUGUAGUCGUUGGCCGAGAUGCACGACACAACUCGGAGAAGUUUGCCAAAUUGACGGCCGCUGCCUUUGUCGCCAAAGGAAUCAAGGUGUGGUGGUAUGAGACGCCACAGCAUACGCCUUUGGUGCCAUUUGGUGUACGCGAACUGGGCGCAGUUGCGGGAGUCAUGAUCACAGCGAGCCACAACCCAGCCAAGGACAACGGAUACAAGGUCUACUGGUCGAACGGGUGCCAGAUCAUCCCUCCUCACGACAUUGGGAUUGCAGAGGCAAUAUCAGAGAACCUAAAACCUGUGACAUGGGAUACGUCCGUCAUUGAUGAGAGUCUCCUAGUAGAAGGAUCUUUGGGCUUAGUCGAAGAUCACUACCACCGGGCCGUCCUGUGUGCAGCCCAGCCUUUUCAUAGCGUCACCAUGGACCCAGAGCUCAAGUUCGUAUACACCCCUAUGCAUGGCGUAGGGCUACGAGCCAUGCGAAAAUGUGUGAACACGCUCGGUAUAGCGUCACAGAUGACGGUAGUCAUGGAACAAGCUGACCCGAAUCCUGACUUCCCGACUGUCAAAUUUCCAAAUCCCGAGGAGAAGGGUGCGUUGGACCUGGCCAUCGAGACAGCGGAGAGGUCCUCUAUCCGCCUGAUACUGGCAAGCGAUCCCGACGCAGAUCGACUGGCUGCGGCUGAGAAAGUGGGCGACCAAUGGCACAUAUUCACGGGAAACCAACUGGGUAUACUUCUGGGCUCCUACCUGUUCGAACGAUACCCGAAAUCGAAACCUCGCGAUAAGCUAGUGAUGCUUGCUUCUACGGUCAGCUCCAGAAUGCUUGCUGCUUUGGCUAGGAAAGAAGGCUUCCGGUUCAAAGAGACUUUGACUGGCUUCAAAUGGUUGGGCAAUGUUGCACGCGAUCUGGACAAGCAAGGCUACGCCGUCGUAUACGCAUUUGAAGAAGCACUUGGCUACAUGAUUCCCCAGACGGUCCACGACAAGGACUCGAUCAGCGCCGCAGCCGUCUUGCUCACUGCCGCGUCACACUGGGCAACGCAAGGUCUGACAGCCCACAGCAAGUUGCAGAGACUGUACGAGUACCUUGGCUAUUUCGAGGACGCGAACACAUACCUCAUCUCUCCCUCGCCCUCGGUCACCACUUUGGUAUUCACGGCGAUUCGCACACUGGGCAGUCCACACCCUACCACCAUCGGACCCCGCCAGAUUGUGCGCUGGCGAGAUCUGACGGUGGGCUAUGACUCAAAGAGCAAGGACCAUGUGCCUGAUCUGCCAGUGGAUGCAAGUGCGCAGAUGAUCACCUGUGAGCUGGAUGAUGGCGCGGUCUUUACAGUCAGAGGGAGUGGGACGGAGCCGAAGAUUAAGCUUUAUAUCGAAUGCCAAGGAAAGAGUAGUGAAGAGGCAAAGAAGGGUGCGAAUGACAUCCUGGGUGAUUUGCUGCGGGAGUGGUUCAAGCCGGACGAGUAUGGGCUGAAGCUUGCGUAA